UACGGUCAAUCGAGUCUCUAUUUAACGAGCCACCACCGCGUCCGCUUACUUCCGCGUUUUCCCUCCUCCUCGGAUCUCUCCCUCUCUCGCUCCCGCGCGCGCUCUCCUUUCAACUAUAGUGAGUUCAUUUCUAAGUCAGUAUAAUGGGGACUGUCGUUGAUGCUGCUCCAAUCAAGUUACAGGAAACUAAUGGAAGCUUAGCUGAGAAGAAGCCUACAGUUGUCUUUGUUUUGGGUGGGCCAGGUAGUGGCAAGGGUACUCAAUGUGCAAAUAUUAUCGAACACUUUGGGUACUCUCAUCUUAGUGCUGGCGAUCUUCUCCGGGCAGAGAUCAAAUCUGGUUCAGAGAAUGGCACAAUGAUUCAAAACAUGAUUAAAGAAGGGAAGAUUGUUCCUUCAGAGGUCACCAUAAAGCUUCUUCAACGAGCAAUGGAGCAAAGUGGUAACAGCAAAUUUCUCAUUGAUGGAUUCCCUCGUAAUGAGGAAAAUCGUGCUGCAUUUGAAGCUGUUACCGGAAUUGAGCCAUAUCUGGUCCUGUUCUUUGAUUGUCAUGAGGAAGAGAUGGAGAGGCGCCUGUUGAGUAGGAAUGAGGGAAGAGUGGAUGACAACAUUGAAACAAUUAGGAAACGAUUUAGGGUUUUCUUGGAGUCUAGUAUUCCUGUGGUUAGCUACUAUGAAUCCAAAGGGAAAGUUCGUAAGAUCGAUGCUGCGAGGCCUAUUGAAGAGGUUUUUGAAUCGGUUAAAGCUGUUUUUACUCCAAAAAAUGAAAAGGCUGACUAGACUGAAGAUUAAUUUCCGAUUAGUUUUGCGUGAAAUAUCUGCUUUGAGGUAUUGAUUUUGGUGGCUGCAUCAGAGUUGGAUGUUUAGGUUCUAUUUCAUACAAGGAGUCAACCAUAUUCUUAUUAUUGUUACUGUACUUUGUUACUAAAAUUUGUAAUAAUAGUAAGUAGCAAGUCCGUGUGCAGCUUACGAAAGAGGUCUAUGUCUCUAUAUUCUUCUCAUUGAGAUUAUUGUAUCCAUUGAUUUAAACAAUAUAGGCUUGGUUCUACUAUUGAUCUUUGAUCAGCAGUGUUCUUCUC